AUGGGCCUUCUAGACGGUAUCAAGAGCCGGGCGGCUGAAAUAAACAAGACACCUGCAAGGCCGCGUCCUGGUAACGGCACUCCUGUUCAGUCCGGCGCACCCAGCGCUGUCAACUGGGACAUCCCCGAGACGCCUGGGCCUUUGAGUGUUCAGCGCGCAUCCGGGCCGUUGUUUGGUGUAGCAGCUGCAGCGGUUGCUGUGACCCCUGCACCAUUCGUAGGUGGACGACCCCUCAAGCGUCGUCGCCAAAGCGAGACGGAUUUAUGGACGCCUCGCAAACAGAAAAAGCAUGUCGACUACGCCGAAAAGGUGGCUGAAGAAUACAGCCUCGACAGUGAACAGACGGCAGAGCUCAUCCAGGUCGCCGAGGCCCCAUCCUUCUACGAUGGCUUCAUCCUCUUCGCUGCCCAGAUGAAACGGCAGGAUAUUGAUCGUACUGUCUGGAUGGGUGAGAUGUGGCUCCAGUCAGACGAUUUCAAGAGUCACAUUCAAGACGCACUUUCUGGAUACCUUCUGGACGGCAACGUUUCUGCAUACAAAGGUGGAUUGACAGACCGGUUUGUGCGUCAUGUCCGAACAAAGCCCUCGGGUUAUUGUGUCCCCAAGCAUGUCUGGGGUUUUCUCGCCAACCACAAAUUUCGCUCUCACAUCAGCAAUGUCUUAUCUGGCCUGAGGUCUGAAAUAAAGGGCAAGCUCGGCAGCAAAGAAAACCGCAAGAACGACAUAUAUACCCUCCUUCAAUCCCUGAUUGGUGGUACCAACACCCGUACGCACUCGAAGAUCGCAAUCACCCCGCAGAUGUGGGGUCGUGUUGCCUGGCUCUAUUACGCGCUUGAAGAACACGAGAAGAUUGUCAAGAAAGGGAAGAAGAAAGACAAGGACUUUUGGGACGACGUGGAUGCUGAGCUUCGGGAUAUCCGGUACCAAUACUCGAUCUACGACGAGCCGGUGAAGUCGCAAAAGAUCAGUGUUUACUUCAAUCUUUGUCUAGAGAAACACAAGGCGGAGAAGAAGCCCAAGAAGGGCGCAAAGCCCAUCCCGGACAGCUUCCCCAUCUCCUCUUGGCAGCGGCAGCUUCAGGCGGCCAUUGAGGAGAUGAACGACUACGAUGUCUCGGAGACGACGGCGCUUAUUCAAGGCACAUCCGUUGGCGAUCGCCCUCUUGAAGAUAUCGACGCCGACAUCGAGGCUGAGCGUGCCGAGCGCGCUGCUUGUCGCAACCGAGCUGAGGGCGAGGAUGAGGGUCAGCCAGAGGGCGGCAUUGCCAAUGCUUGA